AUGGGAACAUUUCACGGAAAUUGUGAAAUCCGUGAUAACCGUGAAAAAAGACCAGCCUCAGUCCUGAAGAUCGUUGCCCCGCCUCUGCCCUUCCGCGCUGAAACUAUCCUCUAUCACAGGCAUGCAUUCCCAUUGUCUGCCUCGUCGUUUCAAUAUGAAUGUUACCUGAUACCAGAAUCUGAUGACAUCAGUGAUCUUGACUCACUUUCUUCUCUUUUUAAAGGCGGUGAUGAUCUGAGGCUGGUGAAUGGAGGCAGUCCCUGUGCUGGGAGAGUGGAGAUUCUUCAUGAGGGACAGUGGGGGACCGUUUGUGAUGAUGAGUGGGAUAUAGAGGAUGCUGGAGUUGUGUGUAAACAGCUGGGCUGCGGAUCGGCUGUAUCAGCACCAGACGAGGCUCGCUUCGGAGCCGGUUCUGGAACCAUCUGGCUGGAUGAGGUUUCCUGCAGCGGUUCUGAGUCAGCUCUGCGGGACUGUGGAUCUGAAGGGUGGGGAGAGAGUGACUGUGGUCACGGUGAAGACGCUGGAGUGAUCUGUUCAGGACAUAGAGCAGUGCGGUUAGGCGGUGACAGCAACCUCUGCUUUGGGAGAGUUGAAGUAGUGCAUGGGCAGACCUGGGGAACGGUCUGUGAUGCUGACUUUGACUGGCAGGAUGCAGAGGUUGUUUGUCGGGAGCUGAAGUGUGGAAUUCCUAAAGAGGUGCUGGGAGGAGCCCCUUUUGGAGAGGGGCAGGGUACGGUCUGGUCCGAGGAGAUGCAGUGCCAGGGAAAGGAGCCCCAAAUCUAUAAGUGUUUGACUUCAGCCAGCAAGAAGCAGAGCUGCACACACAGGAACGACGUGGGCCUUGUCUGUUUCGGGUACACUGAGUACAGGCUGGUGGGUGGCCCGGACUCCUGUUCUGGUCGAGUGGAGCUGCAGUAUGAUGGUCAGUGGGGGACGGUCUGCGAUCGCUAUUGGGAUCUACAGGACGCCACAGUUCUCUGCAAGCAGUUGAAUUGUGGGUACGCUGUAUCAGUCCCGGGACAGGCCUGGUUUGGUGAAGGCAGCGGUGAUGUACGGACUGAUAUAUUCGACUGUGAUGGCAGUGAGACACACAUAUCAAAUUGCUCCAUCUCUGCAUGGGGACGAGGUAACUGCACUCAUAGCAAUGAUGCAGGAGUGAAUUGUUCAGGUCCAUUGCUACCAGCACAAGCAGGUCGAGUCGGGCCUCUACCAAGUAAAUGCAACACCAGUAAUGAAGGGACCACGCUCUGCUCAGAUCACACGGCCCUCAGACUGGUUGAGGGAGGAGGUGCCUGCGCUGGGAGGGUGGAGGUUUAUCACAACGGCUCCUGGGGGACGGUCUGCGAUGACUCCUGGGACCUGGCAGAUGCUGAGGUGGUGUGUAAGCAGCUCCAGUGUGGGACGGCACUCAACGCCUCAGUGUCAGCCUCCUUCGGCCAGGGAACCGGACCCAUCUGGCUGGACGAGCUGCGCUGUCAGGGGAACGAAUCGACUCUGUGGGGGUGUGCCUCAGGAGGGUGGGGGCAACACAACUGCAGACACAAGGAGGAUGCGGGAGUCGUGUGUUCAGAGUUCAAGAAACUGAGACUGUCUCGGGGCUGUUCUGGACUGGCAGAGGUUUUCUACAAUGGCACCUGGGGCAGCGUCUGCCAUAACGACAUGAAUAAAAACACAGUUAAGAUGAUAUGCCGUGAGGUCGACUGUGGAGAGAGUUCUGAAAUAACAAUGCAAAGUUCAACAUCUAACAGUGCGCGCAAGUGGCUUGAUAAUGUUGAAUGCAGAAGGCAUGACUCUACACUGUGGCAGUGUCCAUCUUCAUCCUGGGGUAAAAACAACUGCUGGGACAAUGAGGUGGCUGAGAUUGACUGCAAAGUGGAAAAGAAGCCAACUGUCUCCAGCAUACCCAAGAACUGCUCUGAAGACCUCACUCAGGAGCACUGCUCAGAGCCAGCAGAGCUGAGGCUAGCUGGAAGCUCAAGUCCCUGCUCCGGACGGGUGGAGGUGCGGUUCGAGGGGUCCUGGGGGACAGUCUGCGAUGACUCCUGGGACCUGAAGGACGCCCAGGUGGUCUGCAGACAAGUAGGCUGUGGGGCAGCAGAGAGCACAGGGGGUGGUGAGGCUAUGUUUGGACAAGGGAACGGCAUCAUUUGGCUGGAUGAGGUGAACUGCAGGGGCAGCGAGAUGCACCUGUGGGACUGCCGGCGCUCUCAACUGGGACACAAUGACUGCUACCACAAAGAGGACGUAUGGGUUACCUGUGCAGAAGCCUCUCCAUCCAGGCUGCAGCCACAGAGAGACAUGACCAUCCCAUUGAUAGCCUGCAUCGUGCUGGGAGCUCUGCUCUUUGUGGUGUUGGUCCUGUUAGCCGGGCAGCUGCAGCACAACAGGAUGCUGAGGAGAGGGAUUGCUGAGGAGCUUGACCCCUUCCAUGAAGCCGUUUACGAGGAGAUUGAGUACAAACUGGCCAGACAGGGAAUCUAUGAUGCGCCCAGGAGAGGGAGUUUCCUUUCUGAUGAGCUGCCCUCUGACUACGAUGAUGUGGAGGACAGUGAAUCGAUGCCCUCUCUGGAAGGAGAGAUCCCAGGGUACUAUGACGAUGCCGUCCCUAUGAACAGUAACCCCGAAGAUUUAUCAGGAAGUUUCCAUUAUGACGAACUUCCCUCUGGCUACUAUGAUGUGGAGGACAGUGAGGGGAACCCCAUCCAAGGUUUUCCCCUCACUCCCCCUGGAGAGGAGAGCACCCGGGCCGCACUGCCCCCUGAAGAAGGACCCGUUGCACCUGACAGGACUGACUACGAUGAUGUUGGGGAGGAGUCUCCAGGAGAGGGACAUAGAGCAGUGCGGUUAGGCGGUGACAGCAACCUCUGCUUUGGGAGAGUUGAAGUAGUGCAUGGGCAGACCUGGGGAACGGUCUGUGAUGCUGACUUUGACUGGCAGGAUGCAGAGGUUGUUUGUCGGGAGCUGAAGUGUGGAAUUCCUAAAGAGGUGCUGGGAGGAGCCCCUUUUGGAGAGGGGCAGGGUACGGUCUGGUCCGAGGAGAUGCAGUGCCAGGGAAAGGAGCCCCAAAUCUAUAAGUGUUUGACUUCAGCCAGCAAGAAGCAGAGCUGCACACACAGGAACGACGUGGGCCUUGUCUGUUUCGGGUACACUGAGUACAGGCUGGUGGGUGGCCCGGACUCCUGUUCUGGUCGAGUGGAGCUGCAGUAUGAUGGUCAGUGGGGGACGGUCUGCGAUCGCUAUUGGGAUCUACAGGACGCCACAGUUCUCUGCAAGCAGUUGAAUUGUGGGUACGCUGUAUCAGUCCCGGGACAGGCCUGGUUUGGUGAAGGCAGCGGUGAUGUACGGACUGAUAUAUUCGACUGUGAUGGCAGUGAGACACACAUAUCAAAUUGCUCCAUCUCUGCAUGGGGACGAGGUAACUGCACUCAUAGCAAUGAUGCAGGAGUGAAUUGUUCAGGUCCAUUGCUACCAGCACAAGCAGGUCGAGUCGGGCCUCUACCAAGUAAAUGCAACACCAGUAAUGAAGGGACCACGCUCUGCUCAGAUCACACGGCCCUCAGGCUGGUUGGGGGAGGAGGUGCCUGCGCUGGGAGGGUGGAGGUUUAUCACAACGGCUCCUGGGGGACGGUCUGCGAUGACUCCUGGGACCUGGCAGAUGCUGAGGUGGUGUGUAAGCAGCUCCAGUGUGGGACGGCACUCAACGCCUCAGUGUCAGCCUCCUUCGGCCAGGGGACCGGACCCAUCUGGCUGGACGAGCUGCGCUGUCAGGGGAACGAAUCGACUCUGUGGGGGUGUGACUCAGGAGGGUGGGGGCAACACAACUGCAACCACAAGGAGGACGCAGGAGUCGUGUGUUCAGAGUUCAAGGAUCUUAGACUGGCUGAAGGCUGCUCUGGACCAAUAGAGGUUCUCUACAAUGGCACCUGGGGUAGUGUCUGCAGCAACAGAAUGACACAGAUUACAGCUUCAGUGAUAUGUCAGCAGCUGAACUGUGGAGAAAGUGUUUCUAUUAGAGAUGCACAAUCCAGGCUGAGUUCUGAUUACAAAUGGCUUGAUGAAGUGAACUGCCGAAAACACGACUCUACACUGUGGCAGUGUCCAUCCUUACCCUGGGGUCAGACAAAUUGCGAAAACUAUGAGGUGGCUGCGAUUGAGUGCACAGUGAAAGAGAAGCCGUCUGUCACCAGCAUACCCAAGUCAUGCUCUGAAGACCUCACUCAAGAGCACUGCACAGAGCCAGCAGAGCUGAGGCUAGCUGGAAGCUCAAGUCCCUGCUCCGGACGGGUGGAGGUGCGGUUCGAGGGGUCCUGGGGGACAGUCUGCGGUGAUUCCUGGGACCUGAAGGACGCCCAGGUGGUCUGCAGACAAGUAGGCUGUGGGGCAGCAGAGAGCGCAGGAGGGGGUGAGGCUACGUUUGGACAAGGGAACGGCAUCAUCUGGCUGGAUGAGGUGAACUGCAGGGGCAGCGAGAUGCAUCUGUGGGACUGCCGGCGCUCUCUACUGGGACUCAAUGACUGCGACCACAAAGAGGAUGCAUGGGUUACCUGUGCAGAAGCCUCUCCACCCAGGCUGCAGCCACAGAGAGACAUGACCAUCCCAUUGAUAGCCUGCAUCGUGCUGGGAGCUCUGCUCUUUGUGGUGCUGGUCCUGUUAGCCGGGCAGCUGCAGCACAACAGGAUGCUGAGGAGAGGGAUUGCUGAGGAGGAGCUUGACCCCUUCCAUGAAGCCGUUUACGAGGAGAUUGAGUACAAACUGGCCAGACAGGGAACCUAUGAUGCGCCCAGGAGAGGUGAGUAAGAGGGGAGGGGGAGUGGAGAAAGAGAGAGCCAACACACACAUCACACUGCCACACAAUCCACAAA